GUUAAAAGUUAUAAGGUUGAUUUGUCAAUUUAUCGUGCUGCUGAGGCCGGAUAUCAUCCACCUAUAAAAGAAACCUCUGAAGGCCUCGAAAUGAAAAAUCCAAAUGAUGCUGCUUCUCGUAGAAUUACGACAAUUGAAUUUAGUAGACUUUUAAACCCAUCAGGUCGAAAACAAAUUAAACACGGAAAGAUGAAAUAUAUUAUGGCUUACAAUCCGUCAAGCAGCGGAUUUAGUUAUCAUGGAAAUAACCGUCAAAUG